GGGGAAGCGAGGGCUGAGCAGCAGCUUCUGCUGGAGACAUCAAAAAGCAGCAAGGGAGCGAUCAAAUUACGGGAAGCUGGAAAAGCAGCGUAGUUGUAGGGUAGAACUAAAAUUGUGGCUACGGGAUUGUGAAUUUCCACAACCUCCAGACAGCGGAGCUGGGGCGUCCCAGACAUCGGGGAGCUCCUCUCGGGACCAGGCAUGGGACAGGGGGAUGCGGGAUAACAGUGCUGUGGGCAGAGCAGUUUUAGGCACGGCAAUCAAGUCUGUUUCCGUGCUUGGUGUGCGAUCAGCCCCGGUGCUGUGGUGUGGUCCCGGGGUGAGCAGCUUGGGGAAGUUCUGCCCAAGGAAACAAUGCCGGGCAUCAGCUGCCGGGGAGGCUUUGGGGUGAAGGCCCACCGGCAGCAGCACCUCACGGGAGAGGCGUUCGGCACCAAGGUGGAGGAGGAAACUCCGGGGGACGAGGGAAGCGCCUCCAGCUCCCGCACAGCGACGGGACACGCGUUCCCCGCUCCGUGCCACGCUCUCAGCCCGCUCCGUGCGGUGCCGGGGAAGGCGGGUGCAUGCCCGGGGCUCAGCUCCCGUUCUCCCGCUCCCGCGGCCCGACGGGGAGCGCUGCCCUGCGCGGGGCCAUGCGGGAGCUGCCAGCGCCAGCCCCGGGGCAGCCCGGCCCUUCCCCCGGGGGUGCCCUGGCCGUGCCCCGCCCGGGCGGUGCGCGGAGCGGCCGGGCAGGGCGGUACCGGCGGGGCGGUGCCGGUGCCCAGGGCGGGCCCGGGGCUGGGCGAGGCGGAGCCCGGCGGGCAGCGAGGCCGGUCCCAUGGGAGCACGGCGGGCCGCUGGACGCCCAUGGCUUUCAGCCCGGGGCUGCUGGUGGUGGCCGGUUCCUUCGCCGCUUUCCGCCUGCUGAACCGGGGGCUGGAGCGGCUGGUGCCGCCGCCGCCCUCGGCCCGCCGCAACCGCUGGAAGUGGCGCAACAUCUGGACAUCGCUGGCGCACAGCGUGCUCAGCGGCGGCGGGGCGCUGGCCGGGUUCUACCUCCACCCCGAGAUGUCCAACGACCUGGUGGGCACACACCCGCCCGGGGCGCACAGCCUGGUGGCCGUGUCUGUAGGCUAUUUCAUUGAAGACUUUGUGGACAUGUUGUGCAAUCAGAAACUUCAUCAGUCCUGGGAGCUGCUCUUUCAUCACUCUGUGGUGAUCAUCUGCUUUGGAAUUGCCGUGCUGCUCCACCAGUACGUCGGCUUUGCCCUCGUGGCUUUACUGGUGGAGAUCAACUCCAUCUUCCUGCACCUGCGGCAGAUCCUGCUCAUGGCCAACCUGGUGCACACCGCCUGCUACCGCCUCAACAGCCUGGCCAACCUGGGCACCUACGUGGUGUUCCGCAUCGCCACGCUGGCCUGGAUGACCCGCUGGCUCUUCCUCAACCGCCACAACGUGCCCCCGGCCACCUACGCCGUGGGCACGGCGGGCAUGGCAAUCAUGACGCCCAUGAACAUCAUCCUCUUCUACCGCCUGCUGCGCAGCGACUUCCUCAAGCCCAGGCGGGAGAAGGAGGAGCGGCGGGAGAAGGAGGAAUAGCUCCUCCCCUGCGACCGGGGCAGCUCCGAGCCCGGGAGCGCCGGAGGGUGAACGCGGCUCUUUCGGUACCUUGAAAGGAGGGGCUGCACUAACAGAGCAUCCAGGCUUUGCUUGUGGCUCAAGAUCCUGGGCCCUGCCCGGCAGAGAGGUGCUCGUGGACCAGGCGCUGUGGAUCUGCUCCCCAAACGCUUUUGGAUGAUGUGGUUGGACAAGUGGGAGGUGCUGAGAGAAGCCUCGACAGCUCUCACAGCUCCCCGGGGCGCCACUGAGGUGAGCAGGGGGCAGAGCAGCGCUGCUUCCCCACUGCCCUCCCAGACAUCCCCACACCACGGGGUGUUUCCAGCCCCUUUGGUGCUGCAGCCCCAGGGUCCCAUCAGCCACAGGACACUGAGAUCUCUGAGGGAUCUCUGUGCAACACCACCAGCAAGACAGGCUCCAAGGCUUUGCCUUCCAGGAGAUGUCAGUGAAAACCAAACCCUGCACUGAUGAGCCCUCCCUGAGGAGACUGCCCAGGCUGAGACCUGGCAGUGUGGGCACCGUGGGUGCAGCCCCAACCUCUCCUGACAACUGGAGCUUUUUCCAUUUUGUCCCCAAAAUAAUUUAAGUGCCCAUAAAUGAGCGUGGGAGAGCAGGAGUGGCUGUGUGAUGGUCACUUCCCACAGAUGUGGGGUUGCCAGGCACUUUUUAGGAUUCAGGCACGUCAGGAAUGCCAGGUUGUGCUGCAGAGCCCGGGGUAACGCUCUCACCCGGCAGCAAAGGCUCUUACUAACACGAGCUUUUAAUAAAUGGCUGCAAAUGAAGUGGCUUGAGGGGAAAGGACUGAGAGGGGACAAAAGGACUCAGCAUGCCAGCCCAGUCUGGGGGUGUCACUGCUUGGCACAGUCCUUACCCCUGUCUCCCUGCCAUGGAGUGAAAAUACACUGCACACUGGCACACUCUA